AUGAGAGGGGCCUCCUAUCUCCAGGUCCUGCUCCUACUGCUGCUGGUGCUGCUCGCCUGCGGGCAGCCUUGUGUGUCCAAUCGGAUCGUGGGGGCUGGAGAGUGGCCUAGCAGGUUGCUACACCUGGGUUCCACCUCGCUCCACACUCUCUCAGCACUUGUGCAGAGAAUGCUGCUCCCCUCUACCCCAGACUACUCUGAAGGCGAGGCCCGCGACCUGUUGCUGCUGCAGCUGCAGCUGCGCUGCCGGUUUCCGCCACCGGGUACACUGUGUUGGGUCACUGGCUGGGGCAUCCUCUUCCCAGUACCACUCUUAGAGUGGCAGCAUCUUCAGGGAGUAGCGCCAUUGCUGGAUGCACAUACUUGUGACUACUUCUACCACGUAGGCACCAAUGUGCCUCAUGCUGAGCAUAUAGUGUUACCAGGGAACCUGUGCGCUGGCUACAUCUAGGACCAUAAGGAUGCCUGUCAGGGUGAUUUUGGGGGACCCCUGACCUGCUUGAAGUCUGAUGGUGAGCUGGGGCAAGGGCUGCCUCUGCCCUACAGUCCAGGUGUACAUACCAAAGAAGCCAUUUACAACUGCUGGAGUUAG